CAAAAGAUGUGCACAUCUUUAAUUUCCGGUGAUGUACGCAACUUCCCGAAAUUUUGCAGCAGGUGCAUACAAAGAAAUGUAGUUAACGAGUAAUUUUGGCACUGACCAGUCAUAAUUCAUCAACAUUUUCAAAGAAUCAUUAAAUACGGUGGAGAUAAAUUAUUCAGCGAGAAGUAGACAGGACAUGUUAGAGAUAUGCCUUCAGUAGCACAGGCAGAGUAUGGCAUUAAGGAUGUGUGGAUGACCAAUCUUGAAGAAGAGUUCCGGAAAAUCAGACAAAUUAUUCAACGAUAUAAAUAUGUUGCAAUGGAUACAGAGUUCCCAGGUGUGGUUGCACGACCUAUUGGAGAGUUUCGCAGCACUGCAGAUUAUCAGUACCAGCUUCUCAGGUGUAAUGUUGACCUUUUAAAAAUAAUACAGAUUGGCUUCACAUUUAUGGAUGAGAGUGGAAACACGCCAUCUCCUAUAUCAACUUGGCAGUUCAACUUCAAAUUUAAUCUUACAGAAGACAUGUAUGCUCAAGAGUCCAUAGAUCUCCUAACAAAUUCUGGCAUACAAUUCAAGAAACAUGAGGAUGAAGGCAUAGAUAUAUUCACAUUUGCUGAAUGUUUGAUGACGUCGGGGAUUGUAUUGUCUGAUCAGGUCUUUUGGCUCUCAUUCCAUAGUGGCUAUGAUUUUGGUUACCUGUUAAAGGUGCUCACUGAUUGUGCACUACCUGAGGAAGAGGAAGAGUUCUUUGCCAUGAUAAAACUAUAUUUCCACAAUAUCUAUGAUGUGAAGUACCUGAUGAAGAGCUGUAAGAACUUGAAAGGUGGUCUCCAGGAAGUUGCUGAGCAACUAGAAAUUGAAAGAAUAGGACCCCAGCAUCAAGCUGGAAGUGACAGUCUACUAACUGGAGCAGCUUUCUUUAAGAUGAGAGAAAUGUUUUUUGAGGAUAAUAUUGAUGACAACAAAUAUAGUGGACAUUUAUAUGGACUUGGAACGUCAUACGUACAAAACGGUGGCGGAUUUGAAUCCGUAAACCAUUUUAUGCCAAAUUCACAUUCAUCCACUCCACCAGCUCAACCAACGGGAAACAUUUCAAAUGUAGCUAACUCCACGAAUGACACGUCAUCGUCAGUGCAAGUUACGUCGUCAUGAAAACGUAGAUAUAGAGUUUUAACAUUUAGUUUUGUCAUCGUUGUAAAUUUUCAUCAAUGUUGAAGCGUCAUCAAGGAGUCCUUAAACAGUGGUAAUGGAAUGUUGCCGCCUUUAUUUUAAAGAUCUCAGAGAUGAUUCGAGCGAGGAAUGUGUGAAGGAAUGGAUAUAUAUUGUGUUUUAGAGGAUACAAAGAGACGAUUUUAUCUACACGUGGUAUCGGCCAUGGAUAUUCUUAAUUCGGACCAAGUUUCUCAGAUUGGGAAAAUUUUCUAGAUUUUUUUUAACUUCUCUUUGUAAUGAAUCAUAAGUUUGUACCUUCAACAGAUUAGACUGUGAUAUUUAACUGUAUUUUGUAAUUGUUGAAGUUGUCUUUUAUUAAUGAACAAUGCAGAGCAGCUGACUUGAUUGAUCUCCCCUGUUUGGAGAGCUUGUACUGUAAGGAGAGUUAACUCCCUUGGUUGAGUUUAGUAGAAUCAUGAAUGAUAACUUGUGUUGAGGAUGUUAAUUACAAAUGUGUGAUGUAAUGUGCUUUGUAAACAUCAGGUUUAUUUGAAAAAGCUCAGGUAUCAUUUAGAUGUAUCAUUAAAUACCAUUUUUUCGGAUAAUCUUAGUUUUUAAUUGCUUUUGUUAACUCUGGUUGAAUUACCUUUAACAAUAUUAAGUUUUGAGGAUGCCUAAAAAUUAACAAUUGUGUUCUACUCAAAAUAUUGUAACAUCUUUUUAAGAAAUUUAUUUUUCAUGAUAAGUACAGUUGGUCACCUUGUUGAAGAAUUACCUUUGCAGUUUUGUGUUUGAUUUUAAUUAAGCAAUAUAUGUUUGUAAAAUGAAGAAGUUUCAGCUAUUUGAAGACAUUGUGAUAUGCAUGUUUGUGAUAGGCAGGUGGACAUAUAGAAAUCUAGUGGUAGAAAAACUUAGUGGACUGUGCUUAUUUUAGAUUACAUGUAGAAGGUUGAGGCGGGGUAGGGUGUUUGUCUGAUUAGUAGAUGGGGAUGAAAAGGGGGAUCAAUAAAGAAGGUAGAAAAAAGGGGGUGAGCAAGGGAUGGGCUUUCUUUUAUGUCAGAUGUGGGUGGGGAUAAGGUGGGUUGGACUUUUGUGUCUGUUCAGGAUUUAGGGAUGGGCAAAGCUAUUGGAAUAGGCUUUUAUGUCAGAUUGAAAGAAUCAAGUGGAGAUGGGCUAAUAGAAGAAUAUAAGAGUUAAUUUUAAUUGGAAAAGAUUCAUUUGUUGUAAUAAUGCAUGUGAAUGGUCUUAACAUGCUGUGAGAAUAAUCUGAAAGCUUUUAUACUGUUUUAGAUUUCUAUGUGUACACUUGUUUCUUUUAUCAAGAUUUGUCAGGUAUGGACUCUGUUCAUUUUAAUUACCACUUCAUCAAUUUCAAACCAGCAAAUGUGUCUUUGAAAUUUAAUAACCAUGAUCGUUUAAUUUUUUUAAUCAGGUUUUCAGAUUGGUCAUGUCUGGGUUGUUACCUGUUUCAUCAAUGUAGGAUUUCAAUCAAACUUUAACAGCAUUGUUAUCAUCAAGUUGUCUAAUGCACAUUGUUGGAAUUUUUUUUAUUUGAGAAUUAUGGCCCUUUGAUUUCAUUUUGAUAUGUUAUAUUUGCAGAAAAUCUGGUUUUGUGACGCAAUGUCCCAUCAUUUGUGCUGUCCUACUGAUUCUUAUUAUAAGAUUAUUUUUUAAAGUAAUUCUGUAUGUAUUUAUUUGUCUUUAUAUUUUUUAACUGUGAAGAAGUUUGAAUGAACCAUUCAGUUAUGUAAAACAUUACAAUUGUUGAAUGAAUAAUUUCAAAGACACAUUUGCCUAAAUUCAUAUUAUUUCUGUUGAUGUGUUUAUACUUAUACAUUGUCUUUUUUUUAAUCACUUUGCUAAAUGUAUACCUUAGUUUUUUAUGAUUUUAAAAAUUGUUUGCUGCCAAAAUAUCUUGUGUAAGAUUUUGAUUUUAUCAAAAAGAAAUAACCGUCUGCCUAUAUGCAGAUGGUAAAGAUUGACAUGUGUUUAACUGUGAUAUAUUAAAAUUGAAUUAUUGAAAAGGUAAUAUUCUUUUUGGAUGGUUUAGUUUUUAAAACCUGUUGACCGUAACCUGUUUAUUAAUAAGGAAGGCUUCUCCUCGUGGGUAUAUGAGUUGAACCCCUUAGUAUUUAUGCUAACGGUGACCAUCAAGAGAUUAUGGUACCUGGUUAUGGAGGGGUUAUUUAUUGUAGCAGUUUUAUGGUUAAUAAUUGUGUCUUAAUUACCCUUAAUAUCAAUAAUGAACCGCCCUGCCUUCAGGCUUGAACUUCCCAUUGCUUUUGAUUAGAGGUUUCGAUAUAAAAAUGCUAGAAUUGAGAAAUGAGUUCAGGCUGCUGAGAUAAUUACACAUACUGGCCUUCAAUUUUGUGUUUAUGGCCUUAAUUUUGCUGGAAACAAAAAUGAGAAGCCUUUGUCGCCAGUAUAGAACCGGGCCAGCCUGCACUUCCGUGCAGUCUUACCAGAUAACUCAUUUUGUGUAUUUUGAUAUUGAAAUCCCUUAAAUAUUGAAUGGACUGUUCCAAAUUCAAAGCAGGGCAAAUCCAUUAUACAAAUUCAGAAGGUUAUGGGUUAAGAUGAUAUGAAACAGGUUUAAUAUAUGCCAUCAUUAAAAAGUGCAAUAAUUUUUAUUUUACCUAUAAAAAAAUGAAAUGAAAAAUAGAAUAAAUUGUCUGUUUGUAUCUUUUUAAACAACAAUAUUUUUAUCUAGAUACUAUUAUUAGGCCUUGAUGAUGUUUCAACAGAAAUGAUUUUGUCUAUUUGUGUUUUUAACUGACUGAAGUACAGUAUUAAAUGUUUUUAGAUUGCUUAGCAAUUUAAGUAGUUCAUGAAGAUUUGGCUGGAAAAAAAAUGUGCUUUGAAAUAUUUUUCUUCAUGAUUUUAGAAAUUAUAAAUUAUUAGAUAGCUUAACAGUUUCAAUCAUUCUAGAAAAUUGUUUCUGUUAAGGAGCAUAAUUAUGUUUGAAAUAAAUUUUUUCUUGUUUUUAGAAUGUUAAAGGUAGUAGAUCACUAAAUAUUUUAAAUUUUUUAAAGAAUUUUUGAUGAAGAAAGUGUGCAUUGAAAUAUUGUUGACAUAAAAGACGGAGACACUAUUUUGAAGUUGAUGUAGAAUUCAGAAAAAUUCAAAUUCAUUUAAUUCUUUUAAGAUUUGUUGGAGGUUUUUUUUAUAUUCACUACAUGAAAUGCAAAAAUCAUUUAAAGAUAAUAUUUUAAGAAACAUAGUUUUUCGGAUACAUGUCUAUAUAUUUGAAAUGAAUCAUACCAAAGAAGUUGACAUGAGUUUAGAUAGUUUGUAGAUUUGUAGUUUUUUUCUUCUUUUAGUUGGAUACACAGAAUGUUAUAAGGAAAUACAGUUGUAAAAGUUUGUAAAAUUGGAAUAUGGAAAAAAGUAUCAUCAAGAAUUGGCUGGGGGGUGUUAUUUUAAUUUUGUACUUCAGUCAUAAUAUUUGUGCUAUUUUUCUAAGGAUUUUGAAGAGGACCUCAUACCUUGGAAUGAAAUUGGAUGUAAAAUGCAAGUCAUCUUUUAUAAGUUUUGUUCAGAAAUAUUAGGUCUUUCAAUUAAUGAUUAAAUAGUCAUUUAAUUUGGAAAGAAUUCCCUGUUUCUAAACAGAAAACAAAAUGGGGGGGGGGGGGGGGGUCAUUUCGGCUUUUUUUCUUUAGAAAAUACCAAAAUAUUUCAAGUCAUUUUGGGAUGUUGAAUAUGAUGAGGUUUUUUUUCCUUUGAACAUGUUGUAAUGUGGCUGUUUUUUAUCCUCAUAUUUAAGUGUACAUAAAUAACAUCUAUAAAUGGAGUAAAACAUUUUCAAAUAGAGAAUAAACCUACUAUUACAGGGAUUUUAACCAAUUUGGUGAAAGACUUAAGCAUUUCAUUGGUCUUUUUGGUUUUGUCAAACAGAUAUCACAUUGUGUGUCUUAAUUUUAGUGAAACCUUUUAGAUAAGACCAACUGUGAACAAAAACUGCCUGUCUUCAAAGACCAUGCUUUUAUGUCCAAUUUCAGCAGGAUUUGCAUUUUUACCUCUGUAUAGGGACCAGCUGUCUAUCGCAAUAUGACUUUCAAUGGAUAAUCUUAGUGCAAAUUCUUUCUUUGUAAAGACCACUUGUAAACAAAUACCACUAUGCUUUUUCACAAGAUUGGUUUCAAUAGAUAAGAGGUUUUUUUUUAAUGACAUUUUGUGGUAAGUAAACUGUUUACCUCUGAAUGUUACUGACAGGGUGGUUUCUAUACAGAGGUUAGACUGGGUGCCACUGAUCUCACUAUAUGAAUGUAAAUGUUGCCAUUGUUUUUAAUUACAGAUCCAUUUUCUGCUUGUCAUUCAUCUGCUUCUAUAUUUAGAACAAAUGUAAACAAUUUGUGAAAUCUUCAAGGGCACAUACUUAAGGGUAAGUGUACAUUGCAAAUACAGGAUAACAUUGCAUAUUCAAUUCUGUCACAUUACCUAAACAUAAGGAUGUUUUACAGGCUUUUGAGUGAAGAUUAGUGAACUGUGUUAUUUUUUAACAUUUCAUAACAUAUGAUAUCACAGUUUGACCUGGGAAGAUGCGUUAUCUGCUGCAAUAUUUCUUUUCAUUUUUAAAAAAAUCUUUCCUUAGUUUUUAUCACUUAUAAAUUAAUUGUGAUUUUUGUGUGUGUAUUUUGUUAUCUCCCCUAGGUUUGAGUUUACCUUCAUAAUGAAGAGUUGUUUUGCGUUGCUAUUUUUAGAUCUGGUUAAGGUAACCACUAUUUGUAUCUUCGUGUAUGAAGAGUAUUUUGAAUCAAAGUGCUAUUGGUUUUUAAACUCUUUCUUCUUUUUUUCAUAUAACAAUUAGAUGUAUAUUAAGAGUAGAACUUUGUCGUAGAUUUUUUUUGUUCACUUUUAAAGGAAUGUACUUGAUAUUUUAAACCAUUUAAUAAUUAAUCUCUGUGUUGCUAUUCAAUUUUCCGAGCUUUAAACAAAUAUGUUUUCUUCAGCUGCUCUGUGAUUGAUUUGAUUGUCAUUGAAGAUGUCUUUAUGAAAUUAAAGUGCAUCUCUCUUGAUUCAUUUUAUUUUAAAACAAUUAAAGCCAUUGCAUUAUAUAUUCUGUUUUCAGUGGCCUUAUGGUCACAAAAUGCUUUCAAGUAUGAAAAAAAUAUGUACUUGUGGGACACACAAUAUUGUGUGUCACAUUCUAUUGAGCUAAGUGUAUGUUUUACUUUUUUGUGACACUGUGUAUAUGUUUGUGUCACAGUUUCAUAAGCUAACAGUAUAUUUUAUUUUUGUGACACCCUUUACAUUAGGGGGAUCACAAAUUUUACUGUAGUGUUGUAAAUAAAGGAAAACUAACUAACUCAUUAUAAAUUCUACAGCAUA